ACAAUCCAUCCUCACAUUUUACUACUACCUCCCUCCAAUCUCUUAUUCUCCCUUAAACCCUUGCUCCUCCUCAAAGAAAUUCCGAACCACCACAGCAAGCUAGCAGCCGCCAGACCGGCCACCCACCUGCGUCCAGCCGGCCGCCAGUCUGCCCUGCUACUAGCAGGCUGCCGGUAGCAGCCCACCCCCGCGCGCGCCUCCCUUCUCUUCUCCUCUAUUUUUGUACCCGGUUCAUAAGAGGGGCGUAAGAACUUCUUUCAAAGUGAUUGUUGCGACUUGUUAUCUUGCAGUUGCUGGUUCUUUCUCAAAUCGUUCUCUCAAAAGACUAGAAUCUAAAGGAUGCAACAUCAGAGCAAAAAUGGCAAUCCACCAAAUCUUUCCCGCACAUUCAAGUAUCUUAUGGCAACACAGUUCUUGGCGAGGGGCAUACCUUUUAUCUUCAAUACGUGGAUAGUGAGACAUCUUUCCGCUUAUGAUUAUGCUCUUUAUGCAGUUCAAUUUCAUCUGUUCGUGACUUGUAUAUUGUUUUUAAGUCGAGAAGGGUUUCGGCGAGCAUGCAUGCGAGCUGAAAUCAAGAGCGAUGACAGUUCUAUGGAGGACUAUGCUGCGAAGGUUUUGAAAGUAGCAUGGCUCUCUUUUCCUCUUGGAAUAAUUGUCAUAGUGAUAUCAUGUGCAUUCAUAUUUUGGUGGCAAGAACUCAGCUAUUCCAGCCCCUAUGGGCAAGCUAUAUUAUUAAAUGGUUUUGCAUGCUCAUUAGAACUUCUGGCCGAACCUUUUUAUAUUCUUGCUCAAUAUAUGUUUUGUCUCAAACUGCGGAUGGUGGUUGAAAGUGCUGCAACGCUUGCUCGUUGUGUGACAAGUUAUGUCCUAAUUGUUCGAAAAAUUGACAUGGAAAAGGCAAUCGUGUUUGCUUUAUCACAAGUAUCUUACGGAGGUUGCAUAUUCCUAGGUUAUUGGGGCUACUUUGUCUUUUUUCAUAGAUUACAACGUUCAAAGCUUUUUCCUUUUAGAGUUUGUGACAUGUUGAACUAUGAUAAGCCUUUGUUCAAGAUGUGUACACUGUUUACCCUUCAAUCAUUUCGUAAAUUGAUUCUUCAAGAAGGAGAAAAAUUGGUUCUUGUGUGGUUCGAUACACCAUUUAACCAAGCUGUAUAUGGAUUGAUCGACAAAUUAGGGAGCUUAGUGGUGAGAAUGGUAUUUCUUCCUUUUGAAGAAAGUUCAUAUGCCAUAUUUGCAAGGUCUGCAUCAGAACAAUCCAAAGAUCGAAGGAAUGAUCUAGGACAGCGCCUAUCAGAAGCCCUCAAGCUUGUAUUGUUAAUUGGUCUUGUGGUUAUGGCUUUUGGACCAAGUUAUUCUUAUUCUCUAAUUAGAUUGCUGUAUGGUCAAAAAUGGAGCGAUGGAGAAGCCUCAACUGCUCUCAGAUAUUAUUGCCUGUACGUUUUGGCGCUGGCCAUGAAUGGAACAUCAGAAGCUUUCCUGCAUGCUGUGGCUGAUGAGACACAACUGAAGCGCUCAAAUGAUUCGUUGCUUGUGUUUUCAUUGAUCUAUAUUCUCCUGAAUGUCAUGCUCGUACGGUCAGCUGGUGCAAUUGGUUUAAUCAUAGCUAAUUUCACAAAUAUGGCACUUAGGAUAGUAUAUUCUGCUAUUUUUAUCAAACGUUACUUUCAGGGUUCCUCGUCAUUUUCAUUUCGCAGCUGUUUGCCGUCUGGUUGGACAGUGCUUAUAUUUUCUGGACUGAUCACUCUCUUAUCUGAGAAAAUGCUUCUGAACAAAGAAAAUUUUUGGAAUUCGUUUCUGCUCCACUUUUCUGUUGGGUUCAUCUGUUUUUGUAUUUCAGCUUCUGUCAUUUAUUAUCGUGAGAAAGACUUCAUCAACAGAUUGAUCCGCAUUCGCCAUCAUGUCGACUAGAUGGUUGUAGUACUUGUUUGUAAUCUUAAUGGAUGGGUUUUUCGUUAGUGCAAGGGAAUUUGAGUACCUUUCGAGCUAUCCAACACUCGCAGUUUUUUUGAAUCUAUUUUCCAAGGGGGAGUUGCUGUCUAUCAAGUAGCAUAUUCUUGUCCCAGGGUAAUUUUUGCUUGAUCUCCAAUAUUUUUAAUUUUUGAUCUCUGAAUCGCAAACUUUACCUCAUUUGAUUUUGGAUUGCAUGUUAGUUUUCUGCAGUAAUUGCUGUCUAUAAAGGCAUCAGAUAAAUAAAGGCAACAAGGCUAAAGUUAUCAUUCAUUAAGCAUUUGAUGUUAGUUUUUCAUUUGAUUUUCUCGUUGUUGGUUAUAUUCAAUGGUCAAAUAUUAUCAGCUUUGUUCAACCAUGUUACUCGUUAAGUGUCCAAGUGUUCCAAGUGCAUGAAAGUAAAUUUUUUCACUCUUCAACUUUGAUUCUUUGAUCCCUGAAUUACACAAGUUUCUUGAUUUGUAUUCAUUGUCAAGAUCUAUCUUGCAAGUUCAUGAACUUUCUCAUGUGAUUUCCCCAAUGGUGAGUCAUAUAAUGGUCAACUAUUAACAGUUUCUUUCCGCUAAUAUUGCUCAGACUCUGCCUAUUUGUUGGGAUUUUGGGGGUAAAAGUAAUCCCUCACUGGCAAGAGGGAGAGGGGUAAUUGAUUUUACGAUAGGUGGUGAGAAUUACCCUAUCACAAGGGAUAAGGGUGGAAGAGAAAGUCUUCAUUACUAGACCAACCUAUGAUUCUCUUGCUUAGUUAUCUACUCGGAAUGAAAUAAUGAAGUGUCAAUACUCAAUACUCAUGUUGCAGUGGUGAGAUUGUCACAUUGCUACAUGAGGUGAAAUGGAUAGUUAGAGUAACAAACCCUUCUGCUCGACCGUGUGGAUUUUGUAAACAAUAAAUUGUUAGUUUUCUUCCUUUACCUCAUUUGGAUUGCAUGAAGUGAGAAUCAAGCUGGAUUUUGGAAUGCCUUGCUGUGGCAAAUAUGGAUUAGUCAUCAUCAUCCCAAUGAGUUCCGCCCAAGGCAGGGUCGUGGGAGGGUGGAAAAGAAGCAGACCAACUAAAGCAUAGUCUUGGUGCAUCGGCUAGAUAUUUCUCGCUUGAAAGUAUUCUUCUUCAUUGAGCAUUAAACCAUCUAAUGAUGUGCAAUAAUAUGAUUUCUGCCUCACCCAACAAAAAAGCUGGUAUUUCAUAUAUGUGGCUAUUUUGUACCUUUCUUCAUCCCCUUUUUUUUGUUCGGCAUUUCAAGGACUGAAAAUUAACGAGUUGAAUUAUACAGCUUGCUACCUAGCGGUGGAAAAUUGUGUUGUCGUUGGCUCGUUGCUGCUCAAUCAUGAUGAACUUGCUCUUGGAGAAGGAUAAAUGCAGCAGUGGCAUAGCGUUCUAGUUCUACCGAACUUGUGCUAUCCCAUUAGAUUACCAGCUGAUAGAAAUUUACAAGUCGACCUAGAUGAGUUCUUUACACCAACGUUAGCACUCGGAAUGAUUCAACGGUUUUAUGUACACGUAAUAACUUUAUCAGUGAACCUGUUCUCCCAAGCCAACAAGUCAUGUUUGCCUUUGGAUUGCAAAAUCUUUGUUUUUGCUCCUUUGUCCCAAUAUUUGUCUUCAGUUGAUAAAUAUCUAUACAUUUAGAUAAGUUUUUCUCAUUUCAUCAUUUUCUUAAUGCAAGAUAACACUCUUUCUUUUUCUUAACUUUUUCCUUGCCUUAUUAAAGGUAAAUGGCACUCCCAAUAUCCCGCACCAGGCAGGAUCCGAAUGAAAAAAUUUUUUCCUUUAAUGAUGCAGACAAACCAUAUAUGUUCCCCAUAAUUUUACCAUAUUGUAUCCUUCUUUACCAUGCCCCUUAAAUUUUCUCAAAACUUACUUUUUCUUAACACUCCUAUGAUCCCAUCAUUGUUCCUCCACAUCUCUAAUACAUUUUAGAUGUUCAUUCAUCCAUUGUAACACUAAUUCCGUUUGGUUUCUAUUUUGUCUGAAUUCCCUACUAUUGUUUUCGCUCUAUCUUCACCUCUUUUUGUCUCAACCUAGGUUGAGAAAAAAUAGGAGCUAAUUUAGGGUUGAAAUCUUGAGACACUGAUAGCUUUAAUGAGCAGAUAUUUAGAGUUGAUGGACAUCAUGAAAAAAAGAAAUUAACAUUCCCGCUUAUUUGACACCACAUUUAGACAAUGUGGCUAGAAAGUGUAGAACGUCACUGAGUAUGGUAGGCGUAAUACAAGAAUUGAUUUUUUGUUCAUGAUCAUGGUAAGUGACUAGGUUUUACCAAGCUAGUUGUCACAAAUCCACGGUCGUCGAUUAACAAGGGCAAAGCGCGCCAACGCCCAAGACCCCGAGUUUUUUAGGGUCCAAAAAAAUUAUUUUUAUGUAUAUAAGUGAUAUUAAUUUUGAUUAAAUUUAGAUAUAACUUACAUUUUUUGUUAAGUAAUAUAAGAUCUUAAGUAGUUUACAUAUCAACAAUAAAAACAAAAGGUGUAUUAUAUUAAUUAUUCCUUAAUCUAGAUAUGAGACCAACAAUGAACGACAAACACUUACGAGUGAAGAUUUCACUUAUAUUUUGUUUGUAUGUCUCAACUUUGCUCUUUAAUUUAAAAUUUUGACUUCGCCAUUCGUAUAUUUCUUGUGGUGAGAGGAGACAUGGACAUGUAUGAGGCAAUUAUGACUUAUGAUUUAUGAGAGGGUGAAGACAAAUAGGGAAAUGUAUGUGUAAUGCGGAGUGAUGCAAACAAAAAAAGCCCUUGUGUUUAAGAAAAGAUGUGCACUACUCCAUAUAAUUAAGAUAGCUACUCAACUAAUGACAAUACAUAAUUUUUUGUUUUUCCAC